CGUACACAUGGUAUCUGAUUCUUGAGUCGAGUCUAUACACAGGCCAAGACACGUUGAUUAUUGUUGUAUUGACAGCCGAUUCACAUUUCCGACGGGAACACAAACUAAACAUUGUUUUACACGUGUGUGAGCAGGGGACAUCAUCCAUCCAUCGCUGGUGAGCUAGCCCGGGUACUCAGGAAAGUUUCUGUCGGGCUCGAUUUGCUCUCCAAUCCACGCUUCAGCCUCUUCUCUGAUUUAUCUUCUCUUGUUGAAAGAUUUCUCCCCGUAAGAACCUGCUGGCGUGUCAAUUGAUUUAAACGCUUCUUAAAAACAUGACUGUUUGACUUGCGAAGUGCGCUUCCGAAUUCCAUCACAACAAGAGCGAGGAAACUUUACUAGUUGACAAUCAAAACGGUUUUUAUGACUUUUGUUAUUUACCAUGGAUCAGUCUCGAAGUAGUUGCCGAUAUACCGAGAUGCAACCCAUGUCUUAUUAUGACAACUACCCUGGCCCUGCUACCAACAGCGAUAUGGCCAACUAUAACACACUGCCCCACUCCAUGUAUGUAUCCAACGGCUAUCAUGAUGGGUUACACAACGGAGCGGCCUCUCCCGUUAGAGGAGGGGGGCAUUGCUACCCCACCCCAGACGGCUCGAACUCCUCGGACAGCUGUAGGGAAGAGGACAUUGAACACGUCCUAGCCCCUGGGUACCCCGGGGGUGGGGAGAGAAGGUGCUUACUGUGGGCUUGUAAAGCGUGCAAGAGGAAGAAUGUUGCCGUGGAUAAGAGAAAAGCUGCCACCAUGAGGGAGAGACGACGACUGAGGAAGGUGAACGAAGCCUUCGAAGCCCUGAAGAGACACACCUCGGCUAACCCCAAUCAAAGGCUGCCCAAAGUGGAGAUUCUUAGGAAUGCCAUCGAGUAUAUCGAGAAGUUGGAGAGAUUGCUUCAGGUGGAGAAAGGCAACGGGGAGAGUAGUGAGAUGGAGACGGCGGAGACGAGCUCCAACGCGUCCGAUGUUAUGACGGACGGGAGCAGUCCAGGGUCCUUCUCGUCAGACAAAAUCCAUCACUAUGGUGACAACUAUGACGUCACAUCGCCGUAUGGUUUCCAGUGCACGAAUACAUCCAGCUUGGAUUGCCUGUCUCUCAUUGUAGAAAGCAUCACACCGACAAAGGGCAAGGCAAUUACGUCACCUAAGAAGGCAACAUCUGAUGGCAUAUGUAUGUGCUAAAACUCAAGACUGAAAUCAAAUUAAUUAUUGAAUGAAUAAGCAACAAUUAUAAGACAAUAGUAUUUAUCUUUUGUAUGGUCGAGUAUGGAGGACUUGAA